AUGUCCGAAAACCUAGCAAUUGUCAGACAACGACUCAAGAGACCCCUAACCUACGGAGAGAAGAUCCUAUACUCACACUUGGAUGACCCGCACGGCCAAGAUAUCGAACGAGGCGUUUCAUAUCUCAAGCUGAGACCCGACAGAGUGGCUUGUCAAGAUGCCACUGCCCAGAUGGCCAUCCUUCAGUUCAUGUCGGCCGGCAUGCCUUCAGUGGCCACGCCGACCACGGUCCAUUGUGACCAUCUGAUCGAGGCCCAGGUUGGUGGUGAAAAGGAUUUGGAGCGGGCCAAAGACAUCAACAAGGAGGUCUACGACUUCUUGUCCAGCGCUUGUGCCAAGUACAACAUUGGUUUCUGGAGACCCGGUUCUGGUAUCAUCCAUCAGAUCAUCCUGGAGAACUAUGCCUUCCCUGGUGGUUUGAUGAUUGGUACUGAUUCCCAUACUCCAAAUGCUGGUGGUCUUGGCAUGGCUGCUAUUGGUGUUGGUGGUGCCGAUGCUGUCGACGUUAUGGCCAACCUCCCCUGGGAACUCAAGGCGCCCAAGUAUAUCGGUGUCAAGUUGACGGGCUCCAUGUCAGGAUGGACCGCCCCCAAAGACAUUAUCCUCAAGGUCGCAGGGUUGCUUACAGUUAAAGGUGGCACUGGCUGUAUCGUUGAAUACCAUGGCCCUGGUGUCAACUCCCUCAGUGCGACUGGCAUGGGGACGAUUUGUAACAUGGGAGCUGAAAUUGGAGCGACCACUUCGAUUUUCCCCUUCAACGACAGCAUGUAUGAUUAUCUGGCGUCCACCAAGCGCAAGCAUAUCGGAGACUUCUCCCGAGCAUACGCCCACGAACUCCACGAGGAUGAGGGUGCUGAGUAUGACCAGUUCAUUGAGAUCAACCUGAGCGAACUGGAGCCCCACAUUAACGGACCCUUCACCCCCGAUCUGGCCACGCCCAUCUCGAAGUUCAAAGACGCAGUCAAAGAGAACAAAUGGCCCGAGGAAUUGAAGGUCGGCCUGAUCGGUUCUUGCACCAACUCCUCUUAUGAAGAUAUGUCUCGCGCUGCCUCUAUUGCUCAGGAUGCUAUGGACCAUGGACUCAAGGCCAAGUCAAUCUUCACCGUUACUCCUGGUUCCGAACAAAUCCGCGCAACUAUCGAACGUGAUGGUCAACUCAAGACCCUCGAGGAGUUUGGUGGCAUCAUCUUGGCCAAUGCUUGCGGUCCCUGCAUUGGUCAAUGGGAUCGAAAAGAUGUCAAGAAGGGUGAGCCCAACUCGAUCCUUUCUUCGUACAACCGAAACUUCACCGGUCGUAACGACGCAAACCCUGCUACACACUCGUUCGUCACCUCGCCUGAUCUGGUUGUGGCUUUGACCAUUGCUGGAGACCUCAAAUUCAACCCGCUCACCGAUACCUUGAAGGAUAAGGAUGGCAACGAGUUUAAGCUCAAGCCACCUUCUGGAGAUGGUUUGCCCAGAAAUGGAUACGAUCCAGGUCGUGACACCUACCAAGCACCACCUGAGGAGCGAUCGCAGGUCGAGGUCAAGGUUUCACCCACCUCGGACCGUCUGCAAGUGCUCAAGCCCUUCGAACCCUGGGAUGGCAAAGAUGCGGAGAACCUCCCUAUUCUUAUCAAGGCUAAGGGCAAGACCACCACUGAUCACAUCUCCAUGGCUGGACCCUGGCUCAAGUACCGUGGUCAUCUGGACAACAUCUCCAACAACAUGUUGAUCGGUGCCAUCAACGCCGCCAACAACGAGGCCAACAAGGUUAAGAAUCAAGUUACCGGCAAAUGGGACUCGGUUCCCAAUACUGCCCGUGAAUACAAGAAGAACGGCAUCAAAUGGGUUGUUAUUGGUGACUGGAACUACGGUGAGGGUUCUUCCCGAGAACACGCUGCCCUGGAGCCCAGACAUCUUGGUGGGCUCGCCAUCAUUACCCGAAGCUUUGCCCGUAUCCACGAAACCAACUUGAAGAAGCAAGGCAUGUUGCCCUUGACCUUUGUCAACCCCGAGGACUAUGACAAGAUCAACCCCGAUGACCGCGUGGACAUCAAGUGCACGGAGUUGGAGGUUGGCAAGCCUGUGACCAUGGUUGUGCAUCCCAAGGAUGGCAAGCCAUGGGAGUGUAAGCUGGCGCACACCUUCAACGAGGGUCAACUAGAAUGGUUCAGAAACGGCAGUGCCUUGAACACCAUGGCCAAGAAGCACGGCGCACAGUAA